AUUUUCCGAUAAGAUAAAAAAAAAUACAAUAUUUAUAGAUUUGGUUUUGCUGAACAAAAUUAGUACGUUCGGAGAGUGUCGCGACGCAAAGUCUGUGUUCAUCUUUUUCACCAUGAAUGCAUCAUCACUAACAUUUGUUGGCGUGAGCUUAUUACUUAUUAAUGUAUUAAUCCUCCACGCUGAGCCCAUAAGACAUAAUUCUACAUACAAAAUCGAGGAGUAUGUUUUGGAUUUAUCAAAAAAAAAUUUAACUACUAUUGACAAAGACAUUCUGAAACGCGCUGAAUCAGAAGUGCAUAAAUUAAUCUUGGAUGAAAAUGAAAGCUUCAAUGUGCCCGAUAGUAGUGUUUUGAUUCAGGAUGAAAAUCUGCAAACCUUUCAAUGCAUAAAGUGUAAUAUUUCUCGGAUCUUCGCGGAGACUUUCUCCAAAUUGCCGGGCUUGAGAAAAAUUGUUAUCCGAGAGAAUCCUUUAAACGCUAUCCAUCCAAAUGCCUUCAGAGAGAAUAAAUACCUUCAAGAAUUGGAUCUUAGGGAAAACCAAUUGAAGUCUUUCAAUAGCAUGGGCAUUUUGAUGGACUUGAAAGAUCUUAACAUCAUUCUCUUGAGCCACAAUCAAUUCAAUCUGACCGUAAAGUAUCCUAUAUUGCAACGGCCCUACAUGGGCAAGUUUGAGUGCGAAAGCUGCAAUAUCACAAAGAUUUCCCCUGAAGCUUUCUCGGGGGUCAUGCCUUUAAAAGAACUUCACUUGCGCGAUAACAAAUUAACGCACUUUAAUCUGACAUUGUUAGGACUUCGGACUUUGGAUUUGUCCCAGAAUCCUCAUCUUGAUUUAUCAGGCAAUUCAUUGAAUUUUCCCGACUUGGAGCACUUUAAAUGCAACGACUGUUCAACGAAAAUCAUCGACGAUAAACUCUUCGCCAACUGCACAGAUCUCUUGUCUCUGGAGAUGCGCAACAAUGGACUGCACAAAAUCAGUCAUAAUGCAUUUAGUGGUACAAAAUUUCUGAAGAGACUGAUGAUUGAGAACAACUUCUUGAGGCACAUUCCGGGAAAAGUCAUUAUGAUGGAUAAUCUCCAAGAUUUGUGCCUUGACUACAAUCCAAUUGAGAUGACAGAGGAGAAUCGAAAAGGCAUGAUGUUCUACUUUAUGGGGAAACUCGGUGACAAAUGCACUGUUGAUCAAAAUUCAGCUUAUUCUGAGAAGCUAAUGCAUCAGAUUCCCAUGGAUGGAAGAAUUCUUCUCGUUCGCACAAAAGACUACAAAGAUUCAAUCCUUACACUGCGUGAAAAUAAUAUAACGUUCAUAUUUCCGCAUCACUUCCAGUCACAUCUCGACAAUUUCACCGCUCUUGUGAUGGACGGAAAUCGAGAAUUCAACUUUCGACGCGAGAUACCAUUCACAUUCUACGAAAAACUGGAAAAGUUUCAGUGCAAUGGAUGCGGCAUCGACAAGAUUUACGGGGAAACUUUCAACCAUACGCCACAUUUGAGGGAAUUGGAGUUGAGAAACAAUAAAAUCACGCAUUUCUCACUGGCAGUUUUCCAUCACAACAUUCCACUGCAGAGCCUCAUUCUGGAUGACAAUCCCAUAGAACUGCUCUAUGGGAAAGUCUCAAUGCAUUUUGAGGAUAUUGAAGUGCUUCUGGUUGGAGAACCUGCUGCUAAACGUCUCCAAGUUCUUCCUCCAGACGAGGACGAAAGUCUUCUGCAUCUAGAGAGAUUUUCAUGCAUAAAUUGUGGAAUGACAAAAAUAAUGGAGGAUACUUUUGAAUUCUGCCCCAGAAUUCAUGUGAUUGACUUAAGUGGACACAAUUUGAAAACUCUCAGUGAUGUUCUUAAACCAAAUUCAUAUUUAAUAGAUGUGAAUUUGUUGGGGAGCUUGCAAGAAUUUCCUGUGCAAUUGGUGAAUUCGUCCCUGAAUUUGAAAGCCCUUUGCAUAGAUUAUAAGAUUCUAAACACCACGGAAAUUGCAAUGAAAGAUGAACUUGCAGUUAAUGAAUUCAUCAAUAAGCUGGAAGUCUUACAAUGUUCUAACAACCCAACAAUAUGUGCAGCGAAAGUAAAGGUUGUUCAGACGAUAAAGCAUGAAUUCCAUGCAAGACAAGCAAUGGAAGCAGCAACUGAAACAAGUACAACGAGUACAACAUUUACAACUGAAGCAGUGACUACAGAACCACCAACAGAAAGCACAACAAUGGAGAAUUUAACAGACUAUUCAAAUGAAGACACUGAGUCAAAUUAUCCCUAUGAUUAUCAAAUCCAAAAUGACAAUUUUGUUGAAAUUAAGGGUGAAAAAUUGACAAAUAUCAAUGCAAGUGCUCAGGAAGGAAGCGAUGAAGAUGAUGUUAAGAUCAGUCACAUUGAUCAGGCUUCGAUUUCCAAAUGGACUUAA